UUUCUUUUCUUCUUCCCCUUUUGUACUUCCUCUGGCCGAACCCUCUCUCUCUUCAUGGAAGCACAACCGAAGCUUUCUUUCCAGUAGAAGGCCGAUUUUCUGCGGCGGAACUUGUUGGAGCAAGGAAAAAUGUUGCAGAAAUCUUAAAAAUUUGAGAAGCAACUUUUGCUUCGGAUCAUGGGCUAAGAAGAAGUCUUUGAAAUGGACUUCCUAGUUUAUUCAUCCAAAGGACAAUGCGGAAUUUCGGCUGCCAUCUACACAGUUUCAAGCUUUUGUGGAUUAAAAGGAAUUCUUGGAAUGUUUUGGUUUCUGGGCCUAGCAGUGGUUAUAGUUACUUGAAAGUUUCUUUUAAAUCCGUCCACUCUUUUCGCCAAUUUAAGCAAGAGAAAUCCAGUGGAAACUUCCAGACAAAAAAGAAUUUGAAGUAUUUGAAAUCAAAAGAAAAGGAAGAUGUAGACACUAAGGUUUACAUGCGAGAUACUGUUGCAAAAAUAUAUACUAUUCUAAAAUAUUCAACGUGGGAUUCAGCUCUAGACCAGCUUCAGAGGCUGCCUAUAAGAUGGGAUUCUUACACAGUCAACCAAGUUUUGAAAACCCAUCCUCCUAUGGAGAAAGCGUGGUUAUUUUUCAACUGGGUUGCUGGACUAAAAGGGUUCAAGCAUGACCAGUUCACUUAUACGACAAUGCUCGAUAUUUUUGGAGAGGCUGGGGGGGUUUCAUCAAUGAACUAUGUUUUUAAGCAAAUGCAAGAGAGUGGAAUAAAUAUUGAUGCAGUUACUUAUACUUCUUUAAUGCACUGGAUUUCUAGUUCUGGAGAUGUUGAUGUUGCAGUGAAAGUGUGGGAAGAGAUGAAAAAUAGUGGUUGCAGCCCAACGGUUGUUUCGUACACGGCCUAUAUGAAGCUUCUGUUCCAUAAUAAUAGAGUGAAGGAAGCCACUGGUGCUUAUAAGGAAAUGCUUCAAUCAGGGCUUUCUCCUAAUUGUCAUACUUACACUGUUCUAAUGGAAUAUCUUAUUGAGUCAGGAAAAUGCGAAGAAGCCCUUGAGGUUUUCAGUAAAAUGCAAGAAGCAGAAGUACAGCCAGAUAAAGCUGCAUGCAACAUCUUGGUUGAGAAAUUGAGCAGAUCGGGGGAGACGUUGGCGAUGUCCAAAAUCUUCAACUACAUGAAAGAAAAUCAUAUUGUCCUACGCUAUCUGGUCUUUGUCGAAGCGUCCAAAGCUUUAAAAGCUGCAGGCGAGAGCGAUUUCCUUCUUACACAAGUCAAUCCUCACUGUUCCAUUGAAUCUGCCAGCAAAGAUUCAGGGGGAACAACUCAAGCUGAUAACCCUUUAACUGCAGAUGAGGGGCUCAUAUUGAUCCUCUUGAAAAAGGAAAAUCUUGUUUGUGCGGAUUCCUUGCUUGCUGGAAUUGCUGAUAAAAAUACCCAACUUGACCCUGCAAUCAUCUCAACCAUCAUUGAGGUAAAUUGUGACCAAUGCAGGCUUAGUGGUGCUCUAUUGGCCUUUGAUUACAGCGUGAAAACCGGCAUAAUUAUUCCGAGAAACACAUAUUUAACCCUGAUAGGAGCUUUGAUCAGAUCAUCUUUAUUUCCCAAAGUGGUUGAAGCUGUUGAGGCAAUGAUCAAGGCUGGACAUUUAAUUGGAAUAUACUUUGCUUCUAUUCUGCUAUACAAAUUUGGGCAUGCUCGAAAGCCGAAAUAUGCUGCUAGAAUUUUUAAUUUAUUGCCUGAUGGUCUCAAAUGCACUGCAACUUAUACUGCUCUUAUUGGAGUGUAUUUCUCUGCUGGUAAUUUUGAUAAGGGACUUGAAAUUUUCAAAACCAUGCAGAGGAAUGGGAAUUUUCCUUCAUUAGGCACGUACAAUGUUUUAAUAGAUGGCCUUUCAAGAAGUGGUAGAGUUAGUGAACUUGAAGAUCUUUGGAAGGAAAAGAAGAGAUUCCAUGCUCACGACGGGCAUUCUCAGGAUAUUAAACCCUUUGAGGAAAAGAUCUGUGAUCUGCUAUUUGUUCGUGAUGUCGUUUCUUGAUGUGUAUUUUGUUGUUAAAGUGCAUGCAUUGCUAACCAGUUUAGUUUAUCUUGAUAUUUUAUUUGUUAACCACAAUUUACCUUCAUUUUUGUAUGUUAACCACCGUGGAAAUGUAAACUAUUGAAAAUUUG